ACAGACUCUGAAGAGUGAGCGGGCUGUAGUAGGUGGGAGCAGACUACAACUGGUAGAGUCCUGGUACCAAUGUGACUGACUGACUGACUGACUCGUGAGUCCACAUGUAAUACUUUCACAUCUACACUGGAUAUAGGUGACAUCCUGACAUCAAGAUCCUGAAGAGCUCUUUUUUUUUGUUUUGAUUGGUGGAGCCAUAUUGACCCAGAUUUGUAUGUUGAUUGCUAACAAGGCUUGAAAAAAAUCUCAGAAAAGUUUUCCUGCGCAAGUGAUGAGUUGAAUGUUGAAUGAAAACCACAAGUCGUUGUGCCGCCUUCAGGAUGAAGUUAAGGGAGCAACUGAACCUGAAGAAUGUCUACUUGCAGCAUGUGGAUAAAGAUGUUUUUGUUAGCAGCAAGUGGAAGUGCCCAACUUUCUAUUUGUGUUGGCGACUGUUCUGGGCCCUGUACCACAGCUCCUGGUUGGCCGGCAACUUGAUUGUGACCUCUCUGGACGAUGAUCUCAGCACGGCCAAGUGGUUCAUCUACCUGAGUAACUGGGUCUACCUCCUGCUGACUGUAGAGUGUGUCCUUGAGCUGGCUGUGGUGGUCUGGGAGGUUUACGGACGAUCAAAGACAUACAGCGGUCCUCAUCUCCCAAUGUUGAUAAAAGUGAUGUGGCUGCUGUAUGUCAUGUCAGUGACAGGUGCUGUCAUGGUGUGUAUCUGGUACUGGACAUCUGUACAUAAAGGAAGGGAGAUAACUGCAAUAAGAUUGAAUACUCACGGAGUCGCUGCCCUUUAUAUUCUACUUAACAUGGUAGUGACCAGGAUACCUCUGAGAGUUCUCCACUUCGUUUACCCUGUUAUCUUUGGGGUCGCCUACACCUUGUUCAGCGCCAUUUACUACAGCAUGGACGGCACCAACCAGACUGGGGAUCGCUACAUCUACUCUGUCCUGGACUGGUCAAGGCCGGACAGAACUCUGGCCCUCUCGUCUCUCAGUAACUUCGUCUUCAUCCCCAUCGUCCACCUUGUGCUGUGCGCCUUCAACUUGGGACUGGACAAGCUCCACCAGAGGUUCUGUCCGCCGGCCAUCACUCACGACCAGAGUCUCAACAGCUUUGACAGCGAGAAGCAAAUGAUGACUUAGUGACUUUGUGACAAUUGGCUUGUGACAUUUUAAGCGACCUUUUUGACACGUCACCACGUGAGCUGUUGUGUUUUCGUUACAGCGGCUCAGUGAAGGUCAUCAGUGAGUCAAGGUUAAGCUGACCCCGUGACAUUUGAUGUCUCACACAUGAGUCGAACGAAACACAUUUAUUUUAUAGAGCAAAUAUGUUUUUAAAAAAUGCUGCUGAACUAUAUUAUAUAUUCAUUAUAUUGUAUUCAAUAAAGGGAACAGAUUUUACGGCCAAGAUAACUUUGUUAAUCAUAAUGUGCAAAUAGAAGAGUUUUUAUAUAAAGCUUACUUAGCCGGUGGGUAAUUUUAUUAGUCUUAUAAUUUACAUGUGGACAACAGUGAAAUAACGACACUAUAUCAUCGGAUUAAAAAAAAUGACUUUGCAGGACACAUAUAUAAAGUAAUGGAUGCAAGAAAACUUAAUGACUCAAAAGCUGAUAUUUGAUAUUUUGGGUUUUUGGCACAUAGGCACAAUUUAGGCCAUGUCGUGCCCAUAAUCCUUCAAAAACCACUUCCCUCUACAUAGAUUAUGUGCUAAAUUGUAUACAGUUAAGUCAUUAAAAACAAGGUUCAAUCACAGUUCAGAUGGUAAAAAUAGAAAAAAAUUUACAUAAUUUAAUAAUAAUUUGUUGUAAAUAUUAUAUAUUCACAAUCACUUUGACCUAUCACAAAUCAAAUCUUCGUAGUCUUCCCCACCUCCAGACUCAUAAGCACACCUGUUGAAUGCAGCAGAAGGGCUUUUAUCCCUGCAGAUGUCUUUUUAUUUUAGAAGUCUUUAAUCUUUUUUUAUAUCCAUUAUUGUAUCAAAUGUGUCUGUUUGACUCGUGUUUUUAUUUAUUUUUUGUGUUUUGGUGUUUUUUUGUUUUUUGUUGUUUUUUUGGUGAAGAAGGCCUUGUGGCCGUGUUUCUCCUUGGUUUAUUGUAUUUUCUGAACAGCCUCCAUCGGAAUUCAUUUGCGAACUACUGUAUUGCUCAGUCCCAUAAUUCAAGUUGGGGAUCAAAUGAUGUAUCCACUGGUUCUAGAGAGGAGAGAGUGUGCUAAUCGCUGUGAUUUGAUGUUUAAUAAUUAGCUUUGUCUAUUUAUUUUUGUAAAACUUUGAUUGCCUUUGUAGAACUUACAUUCAAUGAAGACCAGUAAGGAAUCGGCGCCUGCAAGGGCGCCAUUAUCCCGUUGAUUGUUAGAAAACAACCAGGCCUGGACAUUGGGUUCCCCACCCCGUGUUCUGUCUGAGGGCUUACAGUAGUAGCGGCCAUAAUGGUGACAGGGCGGAAGCCGGUCCGUACCACGUACACGGCGCACUGCCCCCUGUCCUGGGUCCACUCGCUAUAAGUGGCCGGGAGUAGCACUUACCAUGGGGAGCUUGUCUCAUAUCCCUUAAGUGUAACCGCCACUGUUCCGUGCAGGGACCGCCACUCCAGCUAGCGGGACACUGAUGACAGCCCCUUUGUGGAACUGCGUUGCGGACUUUUUGAACUGUGGAGCGGGCUGGUUGUUCCAUCCCUAUCACGAGUGAGAUAAAAAAAAAAAAAAACAAGAGCUUACCCAGUGAAGCCCGGCCGGGCCUGGUUCGCUACUCGUACUUAGCCUAUCUAGUUCCACUACUGGAUGUUUCCACGGAGGCGCCAUGCUGAGGCGACGGGUAGCUGGAAUCCUCCGGAAGAACUUACCAGAAGACGACAAAAUAAAAUAAAAUGAGCAGUUUUUGUUCCCAUAGUUUGCCUUAGCCCUUACAAGAUGGUCAACUCAAAUAACCACAAGGUAAAAAGAGUGUAGGCUUUCCUUAAUAAGAACUUGGAUAUUUCGUAUGUCUAUUAUUGUUAAGUGGUUAGAACAGAUGCACCCUCCUUGUUAAUGAGUAAAAUAUAGCAAUGCUUUUUUUUUUCUUCUUCACGUAGGUACUAACUACCUCUUUAUAUUUAUUUUUAAAGAGGAAACCUCAGUAUUCAUUUAAUUACUGGAAUCUUUAGAAUGUAGUAUUCUUUACCUUUAAUUUCAAUUCUCUUAUUAAACAGGUAUUUUACCUAUUUUAAAUUGCAAGUGGCAACUGGGAUAAACAAUAUAUUAGUUUCGUAGUUUAUAAAUUCUCAAUAAAUAGUUAACAUGUCUAGCUUGUUAUUUAAUGCAUAUUUUCUGAAGGCGAUGAUGUUUACAGUGAUGCAAUAGAUGUUUCUCUCAAAAGAAGGCGAUCCAGUUUUUUUAAAUUGUAAAUUAAACGUUUAUUUAAUUUUUCUAAUUAGCUAAUUUAUUUCUCCCAAGUUGAGAUGUGACGAAGAAUGUAGUUCAAGAUUGAAAUGAGUAGCCUCCCUUUCCAAAUAACAUUCGAAUUGAAAUUGAAUUUUAAAAUCUACUUAUGCAAUAAUACUUUCUUAAUAAGACAAUAUCUUUUAUUUUGAAGACUACGGACUGCAGUAUUUGGCCUGACGAAGGCCAGUUGAGACAUCUUCGAAGUGUCCGAAUAGGUUUGAAAUAAAUGCCUGUAUGAAUCUUUGACCGGGAAAAGAUUUUAGCCAGGAUUGGAAAUUGGCUCUUCACCGACCUCUCUGUCAGGAGCCCCUCCCUCCAAAACAAAGCGACCAUUUAUUUACUCCCAUUGUUCAUGACACACGACUCUUUGACCCGACGUUAUAGGUUCCUCAUCCUAUGCGAAGGCCGGAGGCCGAGCCCUCGGAGAGACCCUCCUUAUUUAUUAAAUGUUCCGAAGCAAACAGUGGAAGGACCAUCACCACGCUGGGAAACGGUGCAACGGGUGGUACGCUCGCUAGAACAUUCGUGUGGUAGCCGGCUGGAAGCUAUGUAGCUCUCGUUCUUAGCCUAUCUGAUUCCCCAUGCGGACAUUUCUACGGAGGAAUCACGCUAAGGCGACGGGAGAUGGAGCCCUCCACCAGUUUCGACCCGGAUAUUUUGCCAUUUCUAACGCAGACAAAGUCUUUGUUCAACGGUUGAUAUUUUUAAUGUUCUUUUCGUCCUUUUCUCCUGCCAUUGGCAAUGACUUUUCUUUGACUCUCAAAGGUGUCCCGCGACUUUCAUGAGAGCUCUGACUCUUUCAUGAGCCAUCUGCUUCCAGCCGCUCUCCUCUGAUUCCUCUAUGCCUCUGAGGGCGAAAGGUCGACUGAGUUGAUCUUUAUUGCAAAAAUUUAAAUUAUAACUACGAUAUUUAGAAAUGUGGGGUGGCUGAGUGGUUAAGCACUUGGCUUCGGACCCUGGGUAUCUGUAUUCGGGCCCCCUCAGGGACUGGGAUUUUGAAUUUCGGGAUUUUUGGGGCGCCCUGACUUAAGUUGGAAAUUGUAAAGGCGGUUGGUCGUUGUGUUGAUCACAUGACAUCCUGCUCGUUAACUGUUGGCCAAAGAAACAGAGGACCUGCCAACUUUACUUUUCUUUCCCUAAAGAAUUACAGGAUGUGUGGAUUUUUCUUUGGUAGAGAUACAUACCAACGAUAUAUUCGUAAAUAUGUAAAUAGUAUUUUUUGCUAUAAUAUUGCUGUGUGAAUAUAUAAUGUUUACAUUGAGAUUAUAUUAAUUGUGUCAGUUUGUAUUGUAUUCAGGUUUUGACAGGUAUGUAUGAUAUACAGUAUGAGUAUUGUGUAUGUAUAUAAAUGUUAAAGUUUUUGAAAGUGACAUUUUCUGUUCAAAAACAUGACAGCGUGCCAUAGAGACUAAAAUGUUUUUAAAAAGAUGUAGUCAUUAAACAUGAAAAAUAAAAAGGAAUGUAAUUA